GUAAGUUUUUACCUGAAGUCUUAAACCGGAGGAAGCAGUCACCGUUGAAACUGAGUGCUUGUCUCCGUCUCUCUCAAGCUCGAAAUUUUGCCGUCCGGUCUGUUCUCCGGAAAAGAUACUGUGAUUAAAGAAGCUCAAGAGAUCUCUUUGUGAAAAUGCCGUCUCUGCAAACUUCUCUGCCUCCUGAACUCGCUAACAAUGUGGUUAGGUUGUACCGAGAGUGUCUUCGUAGAGCUAAAUUUAUUGGUAAGCAGCAACACAACACUGAGCUAGUGGUUGGUAUGGUGAGGCAACAGUUUAAGAAAUAUAUGAAUGAGACAGACCCUGAGAAGAUUCAGAAGCUUAAAGAUGAUGCUGCGCGGGGACUUAUCAAUCAUAUGUUGUUUGAGUCGGCAAAGCUGACAGGAGGCAAGGUUAGCCAGAGAUCCUGAUGCAGUCUGGUUGCAGGCUCCCUUUGUGCUCUUUCGCUCUCUCUCUAUCUCUUUGGUUCAAGGCUUGUAGGGUAAUAAUGCAACUAAGUUGGCUUUAAUAAAAGACUUCAUCGACUAGCGUCUGUGACCAAACAUUGAUAAUUUUGGUAUGCAAUCAUUCAAAUGGUUAUCUACUUCAAGUCAAUUCAUAAAGUUGAUCGA